CUUUACAUAUCCUAUCUCUUCUAGAUUUUUCUUCAAAUCUACUUUCCUCUUUUCUUUCUUCUUUUCUUUCUUCGUCCUUAUUUCUUAGUCACAGCUUUUCUUCUCCCUCAAUGUUCUCUUCCAGAAUCGUUUUAUGCCACCACCUUACUUCUUUCAACAAGCAUCGUUCAUCCUAAUAGCACCUCCAUGCUCCUCUCUCAAGCCGCCUCUACCCGGCACAACGUCUCCUCAACCUCCAUUACUGAUCUAUAUUUGCUUUGUUUGGAUUAUAGAACACCCUGGCCUGAACGUGGCGCCACCACUGGUGUUCUUGGCUGGAGAAAGUUUUGGUGCUCUUGCUUAUUAUCUGGCUAUAAAGGAUGGAGAGGCCCAAGCCCACUUUGGGCUUAAGUUGGGCCUUUUUGGGGUUUCUUUGGUACAGGAUUCAUACUAUAUUGGGUUGGAGGCCCAAGAUCCAAGCAGGAAUGCCUUAGUGGAUUGGUUAUGGCCAUUUGUGUUUCCGAACCAACAGGAUAGAUGGUGCCAUUUUUAUGAGGCAUUGAGUAAGAGUGGAUGGAUGAGUAUGGUGGAGAUUGAAGAAACAUAAGGGGAGGAUCAUGGGUUUCAUUUGUAUGAUUUGAAGUGUGAGAAAGCUAGGGAUUUGAUCAAACACUUGGCUGAUUUCUUCAAUAGGGAUAUGCCUCCAUUGAUUUGAUUUGAUUGUGGGCUCUUGCAGUUCGGAAAAAUAUAACAUCCUUGUUUCUAUUGGGCU